GAGUGCUGAGCGCACAGACUCUGCGCUCCAGUCCACGGUUCUUCACCGGAGGAGCGGAGCGCAGACAGAGACGCUGCCAGUGUUUCGUGCAUGAACAGCAGUCGGUGCCUUCUGCUCCACCCGCUUCGAAGCUUUGAAAAUUGACGGAUCUAAACAUCACCAUCAUACCCAUUUAAACAUCGAGACCAGCGGCUACGUUUGGAUAUACGCACCGUACAAGCACGGAGAUGUGGAUCAUAAAGUUCAUGUUGAUUUGGAGCUGCUGGAUCGGAGUGAGCGCGGACUUCGAUGGCAGGUGGCCCAGACAGAUGGCCUCAUCCAAUGGGCUGUGUCGAUACGGCGCUCGCGUCGACUGCUGCUGGGGUUGGACACGUGUCUCCUGGGGCCAGUGCCAGCCCCUCUACGUCUUAACCCACAGAGUAAUCGGGAUAAGGUGCCAACCCCAAGCGGUAUGUCAGCACGGAUGCAAACACGGAGAAUGCGUGGGACCCAACAAAUGCAAGUGCCAUCCAGGUUAUACAGGAAAAACAUGCAACCAAGAAGAGCAGGGCUAUGUUAUCCCCCCAUUAUGGCACAGUCACCCUCCUGUUUUUGUUCCCAUGGACCACCAGCCGAUUGCAGUGCCUUCAGAGGACUUGAACGAGUGUGGCCUCAAGCCCCGGCCCUGUAAACACAGGUGCAUGAACACAUAUGGGAGCUACAAAUGCUACUGCCUAAACGGCUACAUGCUGUUACCUGAUGGGAGCUGUGGAAAUGCCCGGACAUGCAGCAUGGCUAACUGCCAGUACGGCUGUGAAGUAAUGAAAGGAGAGGUUCGCUGCCAGUGCCCUUCCCCAGGUCUGCAGCUGGCUCCAGAUGGCAGGACCUGUGUGGAUGUGGAUGAAUGUGCCACAGGCCAUGCGGUUUGUCCCCGUUUCCGUAAGUGCAUCAACACAUUUGGGAGUUACAUCUGCAAGUGCCAUGAUGGCUUUGACCUGCAGUACAUCAAUGGGAAAUAUCAGUGUACAGAUGUGAACGAAUGCUCUUCGAGUCAACACCAGUGUGGUCCCUAUGCCACCUGCUAUAACACACCUGGUUCAUACAAGUGCAAGUGUAAAGAUGACUACAGAGGCGUGGGCUACGACUGCAAACCUAUCCCAAAGGUGGUAAUUGUCCCUCCACGACCUGGAAAGACCACACCGAGCAACAAUAACAACAAAGGGGGCAACAAAAUUCCAGACUCAGACCAAAAUAGGACCACCACAACAAUCAGACCACCAGUGACAGCUAAACGGAUCUCACCUACAAUAACAACCACCACCACCACCACCACCAAAUCUCCUCCAACCAAAAAAGUCACCCCUCCAGCGAGAGUCCCAGCACCCACCACCCGUAGGCCUCUCAUACCGACACGUAAACCCCCUGUUGUGGUGACAACCAAACCUAAGGUGCCGUCCCGUCCCACCACCACAGCUACCACCAAAGCCCCGGUGGUUACAACGAUGGCUCCCUUUAUCCCAACACGCAGACCUUCAAUCCCGUUUAUGACGCCAAUUGAUAACAGCAUCAAAGACAUUACUCAGAAACAAAGAGGUGAUGUUCACAUACCACGAAAUCAUGGGCAAAACAAUGUGCUUGAUAUCGAUUUAGACAUUGAACUUGGCAACACAGAAGAGGAGCUGAAGGAUGACCCAGAGACGGGUCAUCUGAGCUGCUCUUUUACCCACGGUCUCUGUGGAUGGAUCCAGCACAGAGAGGGAGACCUUCACUGGGAGACAACUGCAGAUCCUUCAGGUGGGCGGUACCUAACGAUCUCUGAGGGCGGAGAGAAGCGAGGUGGGCGUGGCGCUCAGCUGAUCCUCCCCCUGACGACGCCCUGGAACGAGGGGAACCUGUGCCUGGCCUUCAGACACAACAUGGCGGGCCACCACGUGGGCAUGCUGCAGGUGUUCGUACAGAAGGGACGGCAGCACAGCCCCGCUGUCUGGGGUCGAACUGGAGGAAACGGCUGGAGGUCGACCCAGAUCACCAUUUGGGGCAAUGGGCUAGAGAGUGUGAUCGUGAAGGGCGAGCGACGGAGAGGCCGUAAGGGCGAAAUAGCUCUGGACGACAUGAGUCUCAAACGCGGUUCUUGUCAGGAAGAGCACAAUCUGAGGAGACUUUAACACCGACGACACCACGAACAGAGACUUUUAACGCCAGCUUUACUCACGGGACUCUAGGAAGAUGGACACCUUACGGAAAGGGACGUGGCUUCUUGUCAGUCCCAGUACGAUUAUGGGUGCACUUCCUCUGGCCUUCCUCAAUGGCUACAAGUGCAUGUGCUCAGUUGAGUGCUGUAGGGACGACGUAUUUUUGUAGGCCAAAACCUGGAUAUAAUUUAGCAUUUUAGCACUUCCAGUUCUAUUGUUCCAAUGCCAGUGGGUUUUCUGAAUGGUUUUUGAUUAAAUGUGGUUAACAAAACCCUAUGUUUUAUUCUACAACAUAGAGUACAUCAGUAAAUACAUCCUUGUGAUAUUUUAAAAGCUUUUACUUGUCUUGAAAAAGGCGGUUGCUAACAAAUGGCUAAAUGGGACUACAGAAAUUUUUGGGGACAUUGAACAUCAUCAUGUGUGUUUCCCAUGGUCGCAAGUUCCGUCGUUACCAAUAGAGUUCAAUGGGACUUACGACCAUAGUUGACUAACGAUACUUUCGGGAAACGCGCCCCAGGUAAACUCAUCUAUACACUACCCAGUGAACAGGGAACGUCCUCAGAACUUUGGCUCAGGUUUAAUGAACUCUUUCAUCGCCAUUGAAGGAAUUUUCCAGCUUACCGUGUUUUCACUGUUAUACGGUAGGGGGCGCUAUUACACAUCUUAGAGAAUCUCCAGAUCAAAACAGGCAAAAAAGGAGCAGAAACAAGCGAUAAAAGCAUUGCGGAUGCACGUUGUAGUUAUGAAAAAAAACAUGGUUUUCUACGCUUUUUGUUGGAAAUGUUUGUUUUUUUUUUUUUUUUGAUAUAUAGCAUGUUCGGAUAAUCAUGCAACUAAAUAUUCUGGGGGUCAUGAAAGUUUUGUGAAAAUUAUUAAAAAUUGUGAAAAUUAUUAAAAAUGCUGGCAACUUUUUUAAAAGAAAUUCUGGCGGGGAAAGAGUUAAAGUUAUGAACAAACAUUCUUCUACUAACAUUAAUAGAGCAUUCGUUAUCUGGUCUUUAAUAAUGUUCUCAAGAUGUUUGCCCAAAACAUUAUUUAUACAUCGUUCAGUGAACAAUUUUUUUUUUCUUAAUUGUUUUAUUUGGAUGUUCAUCUAACAUUUUUUUUCAAUGUUGCAACUUGUUUCAGAACGUACAGAGAACAUUCAAAAGUAACGUUCAUAUAACGUUUGCAAAAUUAUAAAAUGGAAUGUUCCCUUAAUGUUCGUAUAACCAAGAAACCUUUUUUUAAAAUCAUUUAAAAUACUGGACGUUUUGAACAUCCAGGGAACAUUCAGAAAUAACGUUUUCAUAAAUUAACAGGAACAUUAGCAAAAUAUUCUUAUCUUAGAAUAUAUUUUUGUUAGCUGGGAGGGUAGUCUGCUUUCACAGCCUCACAAACUCUUCUAACUCAAAUUUUCAGGGAAAAUGUUUUUUAAAUAAAGACUGAAAGAGUUGUCGGAAGCUUAGUGACGGUGAUGUUGAAGUCAUGUGACCGCGGUAGUCGUAGUCCAUCGCCUACGUUGAGCGUUUUACUUCUGUCAAUUAUAUUUAGGCUUCAAAAUUCAUAAAAGUUGCAUUCAUUUGUGAAGAUUAUCAUGAUGAACAAAACAUGCAAGAAUCAUAAACUUUCAUUGGUCACAGAGCUUAUUUUCUGCAAUAAUCCAAAAGCCAAUGGAGGGAACCAGAGUGAUGGCCUACAAAAAUACAUCAUCGCUGCAGCACUGUUGAAUGAGAUGUCAAAGUCUGAAAAUAUUUUGUACAUUUUAAUUUUGUAGAUGUAAAAUUUGUCUCCCACUUCAAAUGUUUUUGUCGAACUGUUGAGCAGACGCCAUCAUGCCAUUGUAAAUGUAAAUUGCCCAUUUCAGUUGUUUGUCACCUGAAUGAUGAUGUCCUUUUAAAAUCCCCUUUUCAAUUUGACCGACGUGCUUUGUUAGCCCAGUUUGCAGCUAAUCUGAGUGAUUAACUAUUUUUGGUGUAUUAUUGUAAAUGUAUUCAUAUAUGUGUAUAUAUAUAUAAAUAUAUUUCAAAUAUGCUUUGUAGGUGCAUAUAUAUGUGAAUUCUUCAUUGUAUAAGUGAUGCAGGACAAUGUUUACAUCACACGACCCAGUAUUUUAUUAACGUAUAUUAAGUACAAACCAGUAAACUGUUCUGAAUUUACUUAUUAAUGGCUGUAUCAGCCAUUCUUUAUGAUCAUCACAACCAUGGUUACCCUUUAAGACUGUGUUGACUAUGACAGAUCUUGAUUUAAUAUACAGAUGAAGCAACGACCUCCAGACAUUAAAAGGUGUGAACAUAAAA